UAUAUUAUAAUUCGCUUAUAAUCCUCGGCCCCUCGUUCGGGAUCUCCACUUGACCGGAGCCACACGCCUCAUCGCCCUGCCGGACACAGAAAAACGGGUGAUAGUGCUCUUACCGUGAGUCCCUAUUUCUCUUCGUUGGCAAUCAUGAACACUUGCGCGGCUUUGCCGGGAUCCCUCGCGGUGGGAUUCGCUUUUCAUCCGUGCCCGGCGAUCACCGGAGUUGCAGGUCAUCAGAGGAGUUCUGGCCAUGCCGGAGUGCAUCCACUCUGCCCAAGGAACUCGAGAUUCGGCUCAGUGAUAUGCAUGGCACCAGAAGAGGAGAAGAUAACCCGCCGUUCGCCCCUUGAUUUCCCCAUCGAAUGGGAGAGACCAAAGCCUGGACGGAGACCAGAUAUAUUUCCAAAAUUCAGCCCAAUGAAGACUCCACUCCCCACUCCUUUGCCAGCUGAUCCUCCACAGGAAGAUGAGGAGGAAGAGGAAGAGGGUGAGAAGAAAGAGGAGGAAGAAGAAGAUCCAGAGAAGGAGGAUCCUGAAAAGCCUCAGAAAGAAAUUUAGGCUUUAGUAAAUGCUUAGAAUGGUGAUUAGUCUUGUGAGGCAGGUUGAAGUACUCAAGUUAGGUGGGAUUGUAUUUUUGAUGAGGCUCUUAAAUUUGAUUUUAUUAGUAUGAAUUUGUAAGGAAAAUCUUAUUUGUUAUAUAUAAAUAGCUUUGUUGCAAAGUUUGGAGAAGAGAU